CACUGAUCCAAAACUAGAGAGAAGAUGCCCACUGCUUCCUCGCCAGCCAUCACCGCCGCCCCCUCCAAAACGACGCAGCCGCCCCCUCCUCUAUCUCUUUCCAGUCAGCGCAGUUUGAAUCACUGUCGUAACCUCAACCCUAAAGUUGAAAUGAAAAAUCCCAUCAAUUACAGCAGAGCCGGUGACGGGCACCCAUCCUCUGUGGAUUCCGGCAUGCCCGACCCAAUUAUUGCUUCCACUUCCUCGUCGCCGAUUCUAAUCGACGGGUUCGAGGAAGAUGCGGUUCUGGCCCGCUCCAAUUUUCUGCAUCGGGCCGAAGUUUUGCGGCGGCGCUCUCGUAGGGUCAAGCAGCUCGCCCGGAUAUAUCGGGAAUACUACUGGGCUUUGAUGGAGGAGUUGAAGAUUAAGUAUAGAGAGUAUUAUUGGGAGUACGGAAAAAGCCCUUUCCAAGAAGACAAUGAGGAGAAUAACAUCUCCAACGGGAACCGCGUUGAUUCCGCCUUGGGUAAUGGGGAAAACCCUAACCGCAACAACCUAAUUGGCAGCAGCAAUGUUAGUAAUAGGUGUGGGGUAAGCACUUGCAAAACGAAGGCCAUGGCUAUGACGAGGUUCUGUCAUGCGCACAUCCUAUCAGAUCCCAAGCAGAAGCUCUACAAGGCUUGCAAUUAUGUGAUCAAAAGUUCUCCAACAGGGCCCAUACUCUGUGGGAAGCCAGUUUUGAGAUCUGUGGUUCCUUCUCUUUGCUCUCCCCAUAUGGAGAGGGCUGACAAACAUGCCACACGGGCUUUGAAGAAGGCGGGCCUAAAUGUAUCUUCAGCCAGUAAGAUCACUCCAAAAUUUCAGGUCAUACUCGUGGAGUUUGUAAACCAAAUUCAGAGCAGGCGGAGGUCAUUGAAGGCCGCUGCUGCAUUAGAGAACUCAGAAAUGAAGGUCUAACUGCCCCUUAAAUGAUGGCGCUGCAGAUUACAACAUUCAUGAACAAACUUGACCGUACAUUUCUAGACAAAAUGGAUGGUAGUGGGCAGCAACAUACUUGAUUGUGUGCUUCAAAUGUGUCACAUUUCUGUUCAGUUCAUUUGAAUCAACCAUUUCGUCUAGAGACUACGCCUUGAGACAUUUGUAACAAAAUUGCUGAGAAGUCAUUGUUUCUUCCAAAUCCGCUAAUCGUAUAAAGGGCAAUACUGAGUAAUAAUAAUAACACAUCUGUUUAAAACAACACAGACCGUUUGUCUCAAUUUUAUACGGUUGGAUUUAAUGGAAUUGGAUUUUGGAUCAUUCUACGAUAAGUUGUGGCCAA